AUGGCCACCGUUACCGCCAGCAAUGUGGGCAGAGCCUGCCUCUACCGCCGGUCGCCCUCGGUCAUCUCCUCAACUCUCGUGCGGCCCUUAUCUGAGCCGCUGCCCUCGAGUCGUCCGUCUCCGUAUCGUGUGCAAUUGCGCGUUCAGCCACGACGUAGCUUCGGCCACACACCCCGUCGGUGCAGGGAAAACAGACAAAAGAGCGACGAGGAGUCCUUCUCCUCGCGGCUAGGCAAGGCAUGGCGCUCAACCCGGACCGAGUGGAAGCCCAUUCCUAUAGGGCUAGGCAUAGGCUUCCUCGGCCUCUUCCAACUCAUACGCAUCCGCAACCGUGAAGGCGGUGCGUCAGAGGGAUCUGGCGAGACCGACGGCAAACGUCCCCCGAAGCGACAAAGGAUCUACCCGACGGGGGGUGGCUGGCAAGUCUCCAUCAUGUCUACACUACCACUGAAGGCCAUAUCCCGAGUCUGGGGCCGCUUCAACGAGCUCACGAUCCCCUACUACCUGCGCGUGCCGGGGUUCAAGCUCUACGGCAGGAUUUUUGGGGUCAACUUCGACGAGAUCGCCGAGCCCGAUCUGCACGCCUACCCGAACCUGGCCUCCUUCUUCUACCGGGAACUCAAGCCAGGGGUGCGGCCCUUGGACCCAAACCCCAAUGCCGUCCUCUCGCCAGCAGACGCCAAGGUGCUCCAGUUCGGGACCAUCGAGAACGGCGAGGUCGAACAAGUCAAAGGGAUGACGUACAGUGUCGACGCGCUCCUAGGCCAGAUCGCACCCACGACACCCAACCCUCAACAUCCCUCGGCCAUCUUUGCGAACCCCUCCACCAAGGACCAGUCGACCCCCGAGGACGACCCGGACCUCGAAUCCAAAUCCAUCCGCGCAGACGAAGAGUUUGCGAACGUCAACGGUAUAUCCUACACUCUCCCGUCUCUCCUCUCCGGCUCCUCGCGCUCUUCGCCCGACGGCGACGGGGCCAAGACGCAAGACGCGUCCACCAAAUCCCUCCCGUCCUCCGAGGCAGCCGUGUCCGCGGACCUGGCCACGACUUCACCAUGGUGGUCGCCGUUCUCGUCGCCCUCGACGAACAAGAAGCUGUACUACGUUGUUGUCUAUCUCGCGCCCGGCGACUACCACCGCUUCCACAGCCCCGUGUCCUGGGUCUGCUCGGCGCGACGCCACUUCGCCGGAGAGCUGUACUCGGUCAGUCCCUACGUCCAGCGUAUGCUGCCGGGACUCUUCACGCUCAACGAGCGCGUCGUCCUCCUGGGCCGCUGGAAGCACGGCUUCUUCAGCUACACGCCCGUGGGCGCCACCAACGUCGGCUCCAUCGUCAUCAACUUCGACAAGGAACUGCGUACAAACAGUCUGACCACCGACACUGAAUCCGACAGGCAGGCGGCCGCUGCCGCCGCCCGGGGCGAACCCUACAGCGGCUUCAGUGAGGCCACGUACGAGAAGGCGAGCAAGAUUCUCGGCGGUCACGCAUUACGCCGUGGCGAAGAGAUGGGAGGGUUCAAGCUCGGGUCCAGCAUUGUGCUCGUUUUCGAGGCCCCUGCUGGACACCGCAAGUCGAGUCUCAAUGAAGGGGGAGCGGUGGGAGGCGACCUGAAAGGCGGCUUUAGAUGGGCCAUUGAGCGAGACCAGAAAGUAAAGGUCGGCCAGGCUCUAGGGUACGUCGUGGAUGGAGACUAA